AUGCAGGGAAACCCAACACUGCUGAAUAAGAUCUACACAGAGCUCUACAUCACAGAGAGUGAGAGUGCAGAGAUCAGUAAUGAACAUGAGUUCAUCCUGGACUGGGCUGAAGGGAAAGACAAUCAGGACGUCCAGCUCAUAUUUCCACUUUCUUUCAGAGAAAUCAACUCGAUGAAGGACAAAACACUCAGUCUUUCAGAUCUUCUUCAUGUCUUCUUCCCUGAAGCUAAAGAAAUGGAAAUAUCCAGAGAAGAUUAUAAAGUGUUGUUCAUCUUUGAUGGUCUGGACGAGUGUCGCACUCUGUACCCAACACUGCUGAAUAAGAUCUACACAGAGCUCUACAUCACAGAGAGUGAGAGUGCAGAGAUCAGUAAUGAACAUGAGGUGAGACAGAUUGAGAAACAAUCCAGGAGAGCAGCAACAGAGGACACAGCCAUCAAAUGCAAUGACAUCUUUAGACCUUUACAUGGACAAGUCAAAGCCAUCAGAACGGUGCUGACACAGGGAGUCGCUGGCAUUGGAAAAACAGUCUCUGUGCAGAAGUUCAUCCUGGACUGGGCUGAAGGGAAAGACAAUCAGGACGUCCAGCUCAUAUUUCCACUUUCUUUCAGAGAAAUCAACUCGAUGAAGGACAAAACACUCAGUCUUUCAGAUCUUCUUCAUGUCUUCUUCCCUGAAGCUAAAGAAAUGGAAAUAUCCAGAGAAGAUUAUAAAGUGUUGUUCAUCUUUGAUGGUCUGGACGAGUGUCGUCUGUCUCUGGAUUUUCAAAGAAAUGAGAUUCUACGGGAUGCAAACAAAAAGACAUCAGUGGACGUCCUGCUGACAAAUCUCAUUGUGGGGAAUCUGCUUCCCUCUGCUCUCAUUUGGAUCACCUCCAGACCAGCAGCUGCUGAUCUCGUCCCCUCUGAGUGUGUCCAUCGAGUGACAGAGGCACAUGGCUUCAGUGAGCCACAGAAGGAGGAAUACUUUAGGAAGAGAAUCAGUGAUCAGAGUCUGGCCAAUACAAUCAUCUCACACCUGAAGUCAUCAAGGAGCCUCUACAUCAUGUGCUACAUCCCAUUGUUCUGCUGGAUCUCAGCCACUGUUCUAGAGAAGAUGCUGAGAAAAUCAGGGAAAUUAAAUAUUCGCAAGACUCUCACUCAAAUGUACACACACUUCUUGAUCAUUCAGACCAACAUCAAACAUGAGAAGGACUAUGAGAAGAAGGUGACAGAUGAAGACAUGAUCCUCAAACUGGGGAAACUGGCUUUUCAGCAGCUUGUGAAAGGAAAACUGAUCUUCUAUGAGGAAGACCUGAGAGAGUGUGGCAUUGAUGAGACAGAAGCAUCAGUGUACUCAGGAUUGUGUACUCAGAUCUUCAGAGAGGAGUUUGGCUUGUAUCAGGGGAAAGUCUUCUGCUUUGUUCAUUUGAGCAUUCAGGAACAUCUAGCAGCUCUAUAUGCACACCUCUCCUGUACAAACAACAAAAUAUAUGUUUUUGACCAAACCAAACAAAGUCUGUUGUCUAAAAUUUUGCACUGGUUACAAAAUAUAUAUUAUUAUAUUAAUAAAUAUAUAUUAAAUCAAGUUUCAUUCCCUGGGCUGCAUCAGAAAGCUGUGGAUGAGGCUUUACAGAGUAAGAAUGGACAUCUGGAUCUUUUCCUGCGCUUUCUUCUGGGUCUCUCACUGGAGUCCAAUCAGACUCUCUUACGAAAACUACUGACACAGACAGGAAGCUGCUCCUUCAACAAAGAGGAAACAAUUGAUUGCAUCAAACAUAAGAUCAAGGAAAAUCCCUCUCCAGAGAAAUCCAUCAAUCUGUUCCACUGUCUGAAUGAACUGGGUGAUGAUUCACUGAUGCAGGAGAUGCAACAUUAUCUGAAAUCUGGAAAAAUAAGAAAAGCCAAACUCUCGUCUUCACAGUGGUCAGCUCUGGUUUAUGUGUUGCUGACAUCAGAGCAGAAGAUGGAUGUGUUUGAUCUGAAACAGUUUAUUGGAGCACAACAUACAGCAGAUGAAGUUCUUCAGUAUCUGUUACCUGUGGUUAAAGAAUCCAGAUCAGUUCGGCUACAAUCCUGUAAUCUCACUGCUCAGUGUUGUGAGAGUUUGUCUUCAGCUCUACAAUCCGCAAACUCUGUCCUGAGAGAGCUGGAUCUGAGUUACAAUGACCUGCAGGACUCUGGUGUACAGAUGCUUUCUGAUGGACUGAGGAAUCCAAACUGUCAGCUGGAGAUACU